GCCUCUCUCCCGCCUGAUGCGGGGCUUCGGGGCUUUCGUGGGCGCCCACCCGUGGCCCUUCCUGGUCUUCCCGCUGGCGCUGGCGGGGGCGCUGGGGGUGGGCUUCCGCCACGUCCGCGCCCGCGAGGCCAACGACCUGGAGGAGCAGUACACGCCGUCGGGGGGCCCCGCCAAGAGCGAGCGGCGCUGGGUCCAGGCCCACUUCCCCUCCGACGACGCGCGGCGCUUCUCGGCCCAGCGCCUGGCCACCGAGGGCGCCUUCGCCUCGCUCCUGGUGCUCAGCGCCGACGAGGGCGCCUCCGUCCUCACCCCCGAAGCCAUGGCCCAGGUCCUGGCCCUGGACGACGCCGUCAGGAAUCGGCUGGGCGGGGAGGGCGCCCGCUUCGAGGACCUCUGCGCCCGGCGCCUGGGCGGCAACUGCUCCAGCCCCAACCCGCUCCUCGACGCCCUGCAGGGGGACCCCCGGGCCAUCGAGGUCCUGCUGCCCAACCUCACCUACCCCUUCUUCCAGGGGACGGCCUUCCUGGGCUACUUCCUCGGAGGGGUCACGCUGGGCGAAGGCGCCCACCCGGUCCGCCCCCUCCGGGCCGCCAAGGCCCUGCGCCUGGUCUACUUCCUGCAGGAGGACCAGCCCCAAAGCAGGGAGCUCAGCAAGGUCUGGCUGGAGGACUUCAUCCACUCCGCCCCCGAACUCCUCCAGGACCUGCAGCUCAAGUCCGUCCAGGUAACCUAUUUUACCUCACUGUCCAGACAGAAAGAAUUUGAAAAAAUCUCCAAGGAAGUGAUCCCACUGAUCUCCAUCACAUAUUUUUUCACCAUAUUUUUUUCAAUUAUGUCAUGUUCAAGGCUGGACUGUGUACGAACAAAGGUGUGGGUGGCAACUUUCGGGGUAGUGUCAUCAGGCUUGGCUGUCGUCAGCAGCUUUGGAUUACUGAUGUUUUGUGGGGUGCCAUUUGUUAUCACAGCUGCAAAUUCACCAUUUCUUAUACUUGGAGUUGGUAUUGAUGACAUGUUCAUUAUGGUGUCCUGCUGGCAACAUACCAAAGUCAAGGACAGUGUCAAAAAUCGGAUGGCUGAUACUUACGCAGAUGCAGCGGUCUCCAUUACCAUCACAACACUUACUGAUGUUUUAGCUUUCUACAUUGGAAUUGCAACUUCCUUCCCAUCAGUUCAGUCGUUUUGCAUCUAUACAGGAACAGCUUUUGUAUUCUGCUAUUUAUAUAACCUUACAUUUCUUGGGGCUGUGCUUGCUCUAAAUGGUAGAAGAGAAGAAGGCAACAGACAUUGGCUCACCCUCCAGAAAGUGAAGCAUGAGUCUCUGGAUUCUCAGGGCCAUCUGUAUAACAUAUGCUGUGUAGGAGGAUCUUUUGAUGAAUUAACUGGAGCCGAGACUGAACAUCCCAUGAAUGAAUUUUUUAGAAAGUAUUAUGGUCCUUUCCUUGUACAAUCCUGGACUAAGGCAGUGGUGGUGAUCCUGUAUGUCAUUUAUCUCGGAAGUAGCAUUUAUGGGUGUACACAGAUUAAAGAAGGAAUAGAUCUUCGAAACCUUGCUAGUGACCAUUCUUAUGUCAUUCAGUAUUAUGACUGGGAAGAGGAAUACUUUUCUGAGUAUGGUCCAAGGGUUAUGGUUGUUGUUACUGAAAGCGUAGCAUACUGGGAUCCAUCUGUUCGUGCAGAUAUUGAGAACUGCAUGGUUGCACUAGAAAAUUCAUCUUAUGUUGACAGGAAAUUAUCAAAUUCAUGGCUGAGAAUAUAUGAACAAAUGCCCAUAAAUAUAAAUGACCGGAGCUUUUUCAUUGGCAAUUUAUCUGUUCUGUUUAGGGUAAAUCCAGCUUCUAAAUGGGAUGUUAAUUAUAGUAAUACAGAAAUAUUGGCCUCACGGUUCUUCAUACAGACAGUGAAUGUUACUACUGCAGUAGAUGAAAAAAAUCUCUUAAAUGAACUCAGAGGCCUUGUUGAAGACUGCAAGAUACCACUGAUAGUUUAUCAUCCAGCUUUUAUUUACUUUGAUCAGUACCUUGUGAUUACUCAGAACACCGUUCAAAAUGUUCUGAUUGCUACUGGAGCCAUGUUGCUUAUUUCCUUAUUGCUCAUUCCCAAUCCUCUCUGCUCCUUGUGGGUAACAUUUGCUGUGGCCUCUGUUAUUGUUGGCGUAACUGGUUUCAUGACCUAUUGGAAUGUCAGUCUUGACUCUGUAUCUAUGAUCAACCUUGUUAUUUGCAUUGGGUUUUCGGUAGACUUUUCUGCUCAUAUUUCUUAUGCCUUUGUUUCCAGUGAGGAACCCAAAGGAAAUGAGAAGGCAGUGGACGCUCUUUACCAUCUUGGUUAUGCUGUACUGCAGGGAGCUGUGUCCACUGUGUUGGGAGUGGUUGUGCUGUCCAUGGCAACCACAUAUAUUUUCAGAACCUUUUUUAAGAUCAUGUUUCUAGUAAUCAUAUUUGGGGCUGCUCAUGGUCUCAUUUUUAUUCCUGUGUUCUUGACAUUCUUUGGCUUUUGCAGUAGCACACGAAAAAGACAGCAUCAAAUCAAUAAUCCAUCAUUUGAGAAGUCAUCUGCUACAGAAGACGCUCAUAUUUUAGAUGGAAAGAUUAGGAAACUGGCUCCUGUGAGUAUAUAAAGGUAAACUAAAACUACAAGCACUAACGAAAUCGAAAAGUCCCACAAAUGCUUUCAAAUUAUAAUGCA